AUUGUUAAUAUUACGCAUAUUUUAUUUGUAUGAUUAUUCAAUAUAACUUUAAACAUAAGACGUUACUAAUGAUAAAAAUUUUUCGCUCUACCCUAUAUACAUACAUUGACACGAAUACAACUCUUUGUCUUUGCUUUUACGAUCUACUCGAAGAGACGGAUUAAUAGGGCUUGCCUCGGAAAUUUAUCGUGGGCGUUGUCAUCUAUUGUUAUUACUAUGUGCAUAUUCGAUUGACAGUGUGUAAAUCAUUAUAGAAUAUAUAUGUGUAUACACAUACUACAUUAUUAUAACGUAAUUGCUUAUUAUCUAUUAAACAAACUUCCGUUCUGUCUCUCGGGUUUGAAAAAGAUCACGUGAUAAAUUAAAGUUAUUCCUGUAUUUCAAAAGAGUCAUACUCAUAAUGAUAUGUCAAAUAAAGAUAUUAUGUUUGCGACAAAACAAAAUCUCAAGACAACGCUAUUGCAUGGACCAGCAGAAUUAAGCAAGACAUUCUUAUAUGAGGCAGCCAUAUAUUGGGCAGAAGAAGGUCAUCGUGUUUUUUAUAUCACACCAAUACCUUUACAACAAAUUCCUUCUGCUUGCCAUGAAAGUAAUCCUUCGACAUACUUUACUUAUAAACUGAUUACAUUUGUGUAUCUAUCGAAUUAUAAAUCCUUGGUAACACAGCUAGCAGAAUUACAUACAUUCGUUUCGUUACCCACUAUAGUUUUGUUAGAUGACAUAGAUCAUUACAUUAAAGAUGACGCAACAAAAAAACAAGACUAUUGUCAAGAAAAAACAAAGAUGCGUAUAGCCAGAGCAUGCAGCGUGAUCUUCGAUGCGAUAAAUUCGUGUUCACGAAUUUCUAAUACUAUUGUACACGCGUGCGUGUGGUCUUCGUCGAUUUUAAGAAAAACCGAUAUGGAUAUUACGAUAUAUUUUCGUAACAUCUGGAACGUAUCGGAAGACGAGGAGAAUAAAAUAAUUUCCUUAAAAAAGAUUGGCCGUGAAACACAUCUGGCCGAAGGUUAUCCAUCCUUCGAAUAUUACAAAUUUCAAGAUGGAACGCGAAUUUUAAAAAAUGUUUACCGUGAAUUUCUUGAUUAA